UAUCAAGAAAAAUAAAGCUAGGCUUGUAGCUCAAGGGUAUAAUAAAGAAGAAGGAAUAGACUUUGAUGAAACUUUUGUACCUGUUGCCAGAUUAGAAGCCAUAAGGCUUCUCUGUGCUUAUGCAGCAGCAAAAGGGUUUAAAUUGUUUCAAAUGGACGUCAAAAGUGCCUUUUUAAAUGGUGACCUAAAAGAUGAAGUUUAUGUGUCUCAACCCCCUGGUUUUGAGAACUCAGAACAUCCAGAAUAUGUCUAUAAGCUCAACAAAGCCCUCUAUGGUCUUAAGCAGGCUCCUCGAGCCUGGUAUGACAAACUCAGCCAGUUUUUUAUAGAUGAUGGGUUUCAUAGGGGAAAAGUUGAUAAAACCUUGUUCAUCAAAGAGUCAAAAGGUCACACCCUGUUAGUACAAGUCUAUGUAGACGAUAUUAUUUUUGGAUCCUCCUGUCCUGAACUAUGUCAUAACUUUGAAAACAGCAUGAAAAGAGCUUUUGAAAUGAGCCUUAUGGGUGAACUAAAUCUCUUUCUUGGACUGCAAGUUAAACAAACCAAUUCGGGAACCUUUAUAAGUCAAAGUAAAUACCUUCAUAACAUGCUAAAACGCUUCAACUUUGAAAACCUCAAGUCUGCUCCUACUCCCAUGGGUUCUUCAACUAAACUAACAAAAGAUGAAACUGGGAAUAACGUUGAUCAUAAACUCUUUAGGGGGAUGAUAGGAUCUUUACUGUACUUAACAGCCAGCCGUCCAGAUAUAAUGUAUAGUGUCUAUGUAUGUGCUCGCUUUCAAAGCCAGCCUAAAGAGAGUCAUCUAUCUGCUGCGAAGAGACUUUUCCGCUAUCUAGCUGGAACUCCUGACCUAGGAUUGUGGUACUCUAAGCACUCUAGUCUAGACUUAGUUAGCUACACAGAUUCAGACUAUGCAGGUUGCGUAAUUGAUCGUAGAAGCACCUCUGGUGCUUGUCUUUUUUAGAGUCUUCCCUCAUCUCUUGGUUCAGCAAAAAACAGAACUCAGUAGCACAAACAAACCGAAACAGUCGGUCUCGACUGACCGCACAAACAAACCGAAACCGUCGGUUGCGGUUUGCGGUUAACCGCACCUCCCUUCGGCUGCGGUUGCGGUUGACGUUUCAGUGGCGUCUUCGGCUGCGCUUAACCGCAGUUGCGGUUCGGUUAAAACCCAAACCACAUCGCUAACAUGCCAAAUUACCCGUUCCAUUGAGGAAAAAGAAAAAAAUUGACACUCAAUAUUAUACCCUUCCUACAAACACUCCUGGAGUAGGGAAUUUGAAAUGGGGGAAUAUUUUCCUCUCUGGUAUUAUAUGUUUUUAAUUUAAAAAAUACAACAAAUAUAAUUAAUGUGAUUGAUUAUAAUGUUUGCUUUUCUUUAAAGUGGUCAUGGUUCGAAUCAAGUUUUCUCGUUUGACUUAUAAAUUAUAAAAGUCACAAUACGCAACUGCGGUCUGCGCAAGUAUCAACGAUGUGGUACACCAACAGGCAACAACUCUUGCCUUGCGUGCUCGCUCAUUGAGUCAUUGUCCAAUGAGCUUGAGAGUGGUUUGAUCAUUAUUUGAGAGAGAGGAACCGGCUCCCUGGUCAGAUCAGUCAGCAGGGUAGCCUUUCACUCAUAAUCUGAACCUCCAAGUUACUCGUACUGCCGGCGGAAAAAAGAAGAGACCUCAUCAGUAGUCCUCACGAACUUGGGAGAAUUCCCGGCAGCAGCAGCGAUGGAGAAAGGGAAAAAGGCGGCGAUGGGGAAGAAAGCUUUCUCAUCUUCCCCGACAAUGCCGCCCGUAUCUCUGGACCAAUUCGUCUCCAUCAUGGCCCCUUUGAUUGAUAUGGAAAAGGAAGCAGAAAUAUCAGCCUCCAUAAGCUCCGGCGCGACCAGGAACUUGGAGACUGCCCAAAAGCGCGGCUCUGCAAUCUUCAAUUUGAAAUGCGUCGACGUCCAGACUGGGCUGAUGGGGAAAUCUCUUCUCGAGUUUCAAUCAACCAGAGGAGAUGUUCUUCCUGCUCAUAAGUUUGGCAUCCAUGAUGUGGUUAUUCUGAAGCCAAACAAGGCUGAUUCAGGGUCUGCUGGUCUCGGGCAAGGCGUGGUGUAUCGUUUGAAGGACACCUCUAUCACUGUUGCUUUUGAUGAUAUGCCUGAAGAUGGUUUGAAUGGUUCGCUACGACUUGAGAAAGUUGCUAAUGAGAUAACAUAUCGUAGGAUGAAGGACGCAUUGAUACAAUUGAGUAAAGGUGUGCACAAGGGCCCUGCUUCAGAUUUAGUUCCAGUUCUUUUUGGUGAGAGACAGCCUACUGUGUCAAAGAAGGAUGUUAUGUUUACUCCAUUUAACUCCAACCUCGAUCACUCACAGAAAGAUGCAGUUUCAAGGGCUCUAUCAUCAAAAAAUGUGUUUUUAUUGCACGGCCCUCCUGGAACGGGGAAAACGACCACUGUGGUGGAGAUAAUUUUACAAGAAGUCAAACGUGGAUCAAAGAUUCUUGCAUCUGCUGCUUCCAACAUUGCUGUUGAUAACAUUGUUGAGCGACUUGUUCCUCACAGAGUAAAGUUGGUGAGAUUGGGACAUCCAGCACGUUUACUACCUCAAGUAUUAGAUAGUGCCCUUGAUGCGCAGGUUCUGCGUGGAGACAACAGCAGUUUGGCUAAUGACAUCCGGAAGGAAAUGAAGGCAUUAAAUGGAAAGCUGUUGAAGACCAAAGACAAAAACACUAGAAGGGAGAUCCAGAAGGAGUUGAGAACCCUCACAAAAGAAGAGCGUAAAAGGCAGCAGCUCGCUGUUAUGGAUGUGAUUAAAACUUCAGAUGUGGUUUUAACAACUCUAACUGGUGCUGCUUCUCGCAAGCUGGACUCUACAUCUUUUGAUUUGGUGAUUAUUGAUGAAGCUGCUCAGGCACUUGAGAUUGCUUGCUGGAUGCCUUUGUUGAAGGGUUCAAGAUGCAUACUUGCUGGUGACCACCUUCAGCUUCCUCCAACCAUCCAAAGUGUUGAAGCAGAGAAGAAAGGCUUAGGGAGGACCCUAUUUGAGCGUCUAGCAGAUCUCUAUAGCGAUGAAGUUACAUCUAUGCUUACUGUCCAGUACCGCAUGCAUGAGCUCAUUAUGAACUGGUCCUCUAAGGAGUUAUAUGACAGCAAGAUCGAAGCCCAUCCAAGUGUUGCAGCACAUGCACUAUAUGAUCUUGAGGAUGCAAACAAGUCAACUUCAACAGAAGCAACACUUCUUCUUGUGGACAUUGCAGGAUGCGACAUGGAAGAAAAGAAAGACGAAGAAGAUAGCACACUGAAUGAAGGAGAAGCUAAAGUUGCUAUUGCUCAUGCUAAGAGACUAGUAAGCAGUGGAGUUCAGGCCUCUCAUAUUGGAAUCAUUACACCUUAUGCCGCGCAGGUAGUUCUCUUAAAAAUACUCAGAGGCAAUGAAGACAAGCUGAAGGAGGUGGAAAUUUCAACUGUUGAUGGCUUUCAAGGCCGAGAGAAGGAAGCUAUCAUUAUUUCCAUGGUGCGGUCUAAUUCCAAGAGUGAGGUUGGAUUUCUCAGUGAUCGUAGAAGGAUGAACGUAGCAGUGACGCGGGCAAGAAGGCAAUGCUGCAUUGUUUGUGACACCGAAACGGUCAGUAGCGAUGGGUUUCUGAAGCGAUUGGUCGAGUAUUUCGAGGAGCACGGUGAGUAUCUCAGUGCCUCUGAGUACAUCGAUGAAUAAGCAAAAUAUCCCUGAGAAAAACCAGCCACCUUUUCCUUGGUUGUAUUGUGUAGUUACAAACUUACAAAAGGGUUAAACUCAUAACCAGUGGUAGUAGUCUCUAUUUGAUUCACUUCGAUAAUUCCUUUCCCUUUUGGAGGAUGAUCUAUGGCGUAUUGGCGUAGGU